AUUCGCUUAUCCCUAGAUCUCCCUGGCCCCACUAGAUAGACUCAAUGCUUACACAAGCAAGCAGAAGACAGACCUUUCUGUUUCUCGCGUUCAAAGAAAAAGAGAAAAAAAACAAAAGAAACAAAGAGGAGAGACAGACACCCCCGCUUAGUUUUCGCAAUGGCUUCGAAGCUCUGUGAUUCAUGCAAAUCGGCGACGGCAACUCUCUUUUGCCGACCAGACUCCGCGUUUCUUUGCAUCAAUUGCGACUCCAAAAUCCACGCUGCUAACAAACUCGCUUCACGCCACGCUCGUGUCCUUAUUUGUGAAGUCUGCGAGCAAGCUCCAGCUCACGUCACCUGCAAAGCCGACGCUGCAGCACUCUGCGUCACUUGCGACCGGGACAUCCACUCUGCUAAUCCUCUAGCACGCCGUCACGAGCGUGUUCCUAUUACUCCCUUCUACGAUUCCGUCUCCUCUGUCAAUAACAAACCUAACGCCGUCAAUCUCCUUGACGACCGUUACUUCUCAGACGUUGAUGGCGACGCUGCCGAUGUUAGUAGAGAAGAAGCUGAAGCAGCAUCGUGGCUACUUCCAAAUCCUCCAAACACUAAGCUUGUGGAGAAUUCGGAUCCAAAUACGGGUCAGUAUGUUUUCUCGGAUAUGGAUCCGUACCUGGAUCUGGAUUACGGACCUGGAGAUCCUAAACUUGAAGCGCAGGAGCAGAACAGUUCCGGAACAGACGGCGUUGUUCCGGUUAAGAGUAGUAAAAACGUUCAAGCUCCGUUUGUUAACGACAACUGCUUUGAGCUUGACUUCACUGGAUCCAAGCCUUUUCCUUACGGUUAUAACGCACAAUGCCUUAGCAAUAGCGUAUCAUCGUCAUCGCUAGACGUCGGAGUGGUGCCAGACGGCGGGGAUAUAUCGAAUCCGUAUAGCAAAUCGACGAUGGAGUCAGUCCAGCAGCUAUCGGCAGUUGACAGAGAAGCCAGGGUAUUAAGGUACAGAGAGAAAAGGAAGAACAGAAAGUUCGAGAAAACAAUUAGAUACGCGUCGCGAAAAGCUUACGCCGAAACAAGACCAAGAAUCAAAGGAAGAUUCGCGAAACGUACAGAUAUAGACGUCGAAGCUGAUCGUAGUAGUAGUAUCAACGCAUUCGGCGUCGUUCCGUCGUUUUAAAUUAAUCCCAUCUUAAUAAAGCUAGUGUUUUUCGGUUUCACUUUUGUUGUUAAUUGCAGUUGUUUUUAUUGCCUUGUACAUAUCAUGUAGGUUAAGCACACUGUCUCAACGAUGGAGAGACAAACCCUAGAUUGAUUUUCUUUCUCUCUCUUUUAAUUUAAAAUAAAUGUAAUGACGUAUGAGUUUCUUAA